GUGCAAACCCUUCGAAAUGAAGUUGCGAUGAUACGAAAAAGGUUGCGACAGGGGAUCUACGAUCAGUCGCAAGCAAGGGAAAUGGAAGCACAACUCCGCGGUGACGAAUACCUGCAGGAUCAGUUCAGCUCGUCAUACGAAGAGAUGCAGGUGAAAGCUAAGACAGCUGAGGGUCUUCGUCGGCGAACCUUGCGGCGUUUGGGCUUGUGCCAGUCAGUGGGACAAGUUGAAAAGGCGGGCAGCAACUUCAUUGUGGUGCAGAAGAUUUCCUUGGAUCCCUUGCUGUCUGGCCGUCUCACAUGGACUAUGUCACCAGGAGAACAGCUGCGAAUUGGCAGCGAGCCAGACUGUGAAAUUGUGGUCGAUGGUUUGGGCGUGGAAGCGGAGAUGUGUCGCUUGCACUGUCUCAAUGCCAAUGAGAUAGAAGUGUUGCCUGGUUCUCAAACUUUUCCGCUGGAGGAGGAAGGAAAAGAGUCGCUGCACAGGAGAGGCUCCUUGUACAAACGCUACAGUAGCACCUUGGUGAUGGUCAACAGCGUGGUGUUGCAGGAGCCGCAGAUUCUGCGCUGUGGAGACUUUCUCAGAGUCGGCAGGAGCCACUUCUUUCGAGUCAAUGAUGGUGAGGCAACGCUGAACCGGUCGCAGGAUGCCAAACAAGCCAUGGAGCGUGCUUUUGGCAUCAACGGAUUCACCAAGGACGCAGAGCUCUUGCGGGAGCGCCUCGGAGCGCAACGGGGUGACGAGGUAAUCAGGGACCUCAAAGAUUUAAAGCUCGUCGUGGAAGAGGCGAACGAACUGACGGUAGAAUUGCGAGGUAGCGAUGAUCUUUCAUUUAAGGGCCGUGUGCUCAUGGAUCCCCUGGACAACGAGGAACCUGCGGUGGUGGUGUCAUUGAUGGAGCGUCAAGAUGCUGAUGGAAGCUGCUACUUGACUGAGAGGAGUCCUGCGAUCGCCACUUGGACGCUUGCUGAGUUUCAGCAGCGACUAGAGGUGAUGCGAGACAUCUAUGAUGAGGCGAUGGAUCCGGGAGGGCAGAACCGUAGCCAGAUGCAGCCAGUGGUUCUCGUGAGUCGAAGGACCUUCCUGUCACAUCUCCGAAACCGUUCCUUCGACUCCUGGGAGGAACUGGUACAAGCCUUACCCUAUGCUGAUCUUCCUCAAGGCACCAGUGAAACCAUUAUCAAAUGUGAUACUGUGGAGAUUUGCACCUGGGUGGCCACCUUUUUGAUCCAAUCCUGCAUCUGGGGCCUGGUGGUUUAUUUUGCGGACCAGAGCAUGGUUCUGGGAGCUCUCUUCUCGGCAAGCUAUGGCCUGGUGCUAUGGCUCUGUGUUGACCAAUGGCUCCCACGAAACAUGGCGGGGAAGCUGUGGCCCAACCUUCCAGUGGCCGUGGGCGCCACCGGGACACUGUUUCUACUGUGCAUGCAGAAAGACAGCAAGGAUAUCUCUCCAGUUGGAGUGUUGUUGUGUUGUAUUCUGCCUGCAACCACGAUGACCUUAUUUUGGAUGAGAAGACUGCCUGAAGACCCUGACCGUGCAACGCUGGUGACCAACCUUUUCCUUGAGAUUUGGGCAGCAAGCAUCGCGCUUCGCCUAAUGAUCACUGGAGAAGAGAGCUUGUCAGCAUCAUCAUAUUCUGACUUUGCGAGUCUGACAUCCAUUGGAACUCUUUGGGUCAUCAUUUCCGUCCUUUUGUAUCACUUCCCCAGCGCUUGGGGAUCCGUGGAACUGGUGACCUGGACUUUGAACGUUGGGGUCCUUGGUGUUGGAGCUGGCACUUCAGGCUUGCUGGCCACCUUUGUGAUUCAACACCCACGUCUGGAGCUGAUGGGUUGGUUUCCUUUCUCCGUCAUCAACGGGGUCACUGGCCUUCUGGGCUUCAAGUUGCAGCGUAGCUUCCCGGUGCUGCUCAGCGCCUUGGCCUUGGCCAUCGUCUCCAUCCGGGCCAGUCUCUUCAUCUCCGACGUCACAGGGAGCACAGUGGCAGGCAUUUGUAGCUUUGGCUUGCUGGGCUUCGCCGUGAUCGCAGCGGCCCAGGAACUUGACAGGUCAUCUCAGGGCUUCACCGCCAAAGGUCGACGAGUGGAGUAA